GAGGGAGAGAGAGAGAGAGAAGGGUUUCCAGAGCGGCAGCGGCUGCCAACCCCUCUCCCUCCCCUACGCUGGCUGCUGCUGCAGGCUGCACCCUAAAGCAGCAAGCCUUUUUACCUCUCUUCCUACCACCCCACACCGCAUACACCAUCUCCUCUCCUCGCUCCACUUCUUGCUUGCGUAUCUCUCUCAUCUCGUCGCCUCCUCCUCGAUUGCAACCCUCGCUCUCCAGAGGCGCCGCCAUGUCGGGGCUCUACAGCCAGGGGUUCUCCCCUGCGCGAAACCUCUCCCCUCAGAUUAGAAGCAACCCGGAUGUUGAUAGUCAGUACUUGGCCGAAUUACUCGCUGAACACCAGAAACUGGGACCUUUCAUGCAGGUGUUGCCCAUAUGCACCAAGCUAUUGAGCCAAGAGAUUAUGCGGGUAUCAAGCAUCGUCCACAACCAUGGAUUUGGCGAUUUUGACAGGCAUCGGUUUAGAAGUCCUAGUCCAAUGUCCUCACCAAACCCCAGAUCCAAUAUCCCUGGCAACGGGUUCAGUCCUUGGAAUGGACUACAAGAGCGAUUAGGUUUUCCUCAAGGAACCAGUAUGGACUGGCAAGGAGCACCACCAAGCCCUAGCUCUCAUGUUGUAAAGAAGAUUCUACGUUUGGAGGUCCCAGUUGAUUCCUAUCCGAAUUACAAUUUUGUGGGCCGCAUUUUAGGACCUAGAGGUAACUCCCUAAAGCGGGUAGAAGCAUCCACUGGCUGUCGUGUUUUCAUUAGAGGAAAGGGUUCCAUCAAGGAUCCAGGGAAGGAGGACAAGCUAAGAGGAAAACCGGGCUAUGAGCACCUGAGCGAUCCACUGCAUAUCUUGAUAGAGGCUGAGUUCCCUGCCAGUAUCAUUGAUGCAAGGUUGAGACAUGCACAGGAGACUAUAGAAGAAUUGCUCAAACCAGUGGAUGAGUCUCAGGAUUUCUACAAAAGGCAACAGCUCAGGGAGCUGGCAAUGCUGAACUCCAUCCUGAGAGAGGACAGCCCUCAUCCUGGGAGCGUCUCUCCAUUCAGUAACGGUGGCAUGAAACGUGCGAAAACAGGCCAGUAGAGAAGCAUCUAUGCCGUCCUGCCUGGCACUGUCCAGGUGUGUUAUGCCGUCAUGGGAAUGCCAUGCCUUGGGGCAAUGUUUGCCAUGGGCAUGUGUGAAGGAAGCAAUGUUCCUUCACUAGCCGAGUCUGGUAUCAGUUAGCCUUCUCCUUUCAGACAGGGGGAAAUCGCUGGGACGAUGGGAGUAGGCGUGGAUCGUCGGGUCGAUCCAUCCUUGUUGCUGUGUGGUCUAGAACAUUCGUUUUAUUUGUUAUUGACGGUUAACCCUAGUAUGUGGUGGUAUGGUGAUCGUCUGAUCUGCAUGAUAAACUAUAGAGGCCUGAGUAUGUGAGCUUUAGGUGUUUAAUUAACCUUGUAUUAUAUCCUUUUAACGUUAUGGAGUUGAAAAAUAAAAAAAUAAGGAUCAUCAGCUUGUAUCUUAUGAUACCCUGUUUGGUAUAAUGAACUUUGAACUUAUGGCCUGUUUGGCACAACUUCA